CUGCUAAGUCAGUUAUUUGUUGAAAUAUAAAAAAUACGUCGCGAUUAUUAUUAAAAUCGUAUUAACUACCUUAUAUUUAUUUAGCUAAGAAUAAAAUUCAGGAUUUUGUCUUAGAGGAUAAUAUAAUUAAAUUAUUAGCAGUAAACAAAAUAUAGUUUCGUAAAAAGUCUGGUGCAACAAAGAAUCCAAAAUGAGUUUCUUUAGUAAUUUGUUUGGUGGCAGUAAAAAGGCUGCUGCCCCAACAACCAGUGAAGCAAUACAAAAAUUACGUGAAACAGAGGAGAUGCUGGUGAAAAAGCAGGCGUUUCUCGAGAGUAAAAUCGAAUUAGAACAUGCGACUGCCAAAAAAAAUGUGAACAAAAACAGGAGAGUUGCAAUGCAAGCUUUGAAACGUCAGAAGCGUUAUGAGAAACAAUUACAACAAAUUGAUGGUACCUUAUCGACAAUAGAAAUGCAAAGAGAAGCAUUAGAAAGUGCUAAUACAAAUACAACGGUACUGCAAACGAUGAAAAAUGCAGCAGACGCAUUGAAAUCUGCUCAUCAACAUAUGGAUGUGGAUCAAGUCCAUGAUAUGAUGGAUGAUAUCGCUGAGCAACAAGACGUUGCUAAGGAAAUAUCAGACGCAAUAUCAAAUCCAGUUGCAUUUGGACAAGAUCUGGAUGAAGAUGAAUUGGAGAAGGAACUUUCUGAACUUGGACAAGAAGAGUUAGAUAAGGAAUUAUUAACAAUUGAUAAAGACCAACUUCCGGACGUUCCUGCUAUUGCUGAACCAGUCGCACCAGCUAAGACAAAAACAAAAGUUACCGAACACGAUAAUGAAUUCAAAGAACUCGAAGAUUGGGCCUCGUAGAUUGAUCGGAUGG